UUUAUCCUAGAAAUUUUUGUUAGUGUGGCAAGCAAACAAGUUCACCAUUUCCCCAAACAUUUCCAACCUGCUGCUUGUUCUGCUUUUUUUUCUUCUUUUUUUCCAGAUCAAAGUCGAUUUAUAUUGCACUUGGGGACUGUCUUUGCGCCAUUAUGUCGAAUACCGAAGAAUCUCAUACCUCUGCGGGAUUGGUAUAUGUUUUACUUGUCUUGAUUGCUUAUCCUAUAUUUCGGGCUCUCCACAACGUAUUCUUCCACCCUCUGUCCGAUAUACCAGGACCACGUGCCUGGUCUGCUUCGCGAUUGCCAUUCAUAUGGUCUCUCCUCCGGGGAACUCUCGUCCAUGACGUCGAAAGGCUUCAUUGGAAAUAUGGCCCAGUUGUCCGUAUCGCCCCAGAUGAGGUCACGUUUGCCGAUGCAGACGCCUACCCAGACAUCUUCCAAGCCCGAUCCGAUAGUAAGCCCUUUUUGAAGGACCCGGUUUGGUGGGAGACGCAACCGGGUCUUCCUGACACAAUACUAAGUGCCAUUAACCCUGAGAAACACGCCCGCAUACGCAGAAUCCUUGCGCCCGGAUUUACUCUACGAGCUUUACGAGAUCAAGAGCCGAUUUUGCACCAGUACGUCAAUUUGCUCGUGGACCGCCUUCGCGAGUCCGCGCUGGAAAGCUCGGAAGCCCAGGUCGAUCUUGUGCCUUGGCUUAAUUUCACAACGUUUGAUAUAAUCGGCGACCUCGGCUUUGGAGACUCGUUCAACUGUUUACAGCACUCUCGAUAUCACCCGUGGACCGCUAUGCUUUUCAGUACUGUAAAAGCCGCUGCCUGGGUCGCGUCGGCACGGUAUUAUCCAUUGAUCGAAUUCAUCCUGCUUAAGUGUAUCCCACCUUCUUUAAUGAAGACACAGACCGACCAUUACCAGCGUAUCUCUAAUAAGGUUGAUCGGCGGCUUAAUUUCGAAAUGGAGAGACCCGAUGUCCUCUCCUACGUAAUUAAGAAGCGUGAAGAAGAGGCUGUUCCUAUUGGUGAAAUCAACUCGACCUUUAUGAUAUUAACCACUGCCGGUAGUGAAACUACUGCUACACUUCUCUCUGGUAUCAUGAACUAUCUGGUCAAUUGUCCUGACAAGCUCAACACGCUUAAACAUGAAGUACGCCAUAAUUUCAACACUUCAGAUGACAUUACUCUUGAAGCCCUGAAAGAUCUUCCUUACCUGAAUGCUGUAAUCAAUGAGGGCUUCAGGAUGUGCCCCCCAGUUCCUUGGGUACUUCCUAGACGUGUCCCUCAUGGUGGGAGCACCGUAUGCGGCACAUGGCUGCCUGGAGGAACAGCUGUGUCGGUACAAGCCUAUACUAUGAACAGGAGCCCCAGUUAUUUCCACUGUGCAUCGUCUUUCAUUCCAGAACGCUGGCUCCCCGAAGUACAUGGAAAUCCCGAAUCACCCUUCUCGAAGGACAGUCGUGGAGUUAUCCAACCGUUUAGCCUAGGCCCGCGGAGUUGCUUGGGCCAAAAUCUAGCCAUGGCAGAGUUGCGGCUAAUCAUUUCGAAACUAGUCUGGGCGUUUGACUUCGAGGCGAUUGAUGGGAAUGUGUUAAAGUGGGAUGAUCUUAGAGUAUUCUUACUCAUUGAGAAGAAACCUAUCCAGGUGAAAAUCAAGCCGAGGAGUGAGGUCCCGGCAGAAGCAUAAUGGAGAUCCCCGCUGAUGGGCCCCUUAACUUGCAGCCAAGAAAUCAAUAAUAUGCUAUUUGUGUUCUCUUGGCCUAUGUUUCUCUACAUUGGGUACAUAUAUGAUGAUGCUGUCUGUUUGAUAUUAAACAAUACUGUGGGAGAGUGGCUAAUGGUUUAGGAGCCACCUCUAGGUACACAAACAAAUUAAUGCAAUAGGUAACGGGAGACUACAGUUGCAGUACGUUACCAUUCCGUUGUGCAUAUUUUCCUGGAUGGCUAACUUCACCCCUUAACUCCACCCCUUAAAUUCCUCACAGUAGAAAAAGCUCACUGGAUAUCUGCACCUGUGUUACUACCUCACAGCGGGGACCCCAUUAAGUACAUAGUUAUUUAUAGUGCAAACGUAGGUCACAGCUGUUGUGAGUUGCUUAAGUGCAUAGUAGCUAUGUAUGUUGGAC